GAUACAUUUGUUACAGUGCGAUAACUUCCGUUGUGGGUUGGACUACGAUUGGGUAUAACUUGACCCUGCUUCUUGAAGUUGGUACUUUCAGACGCAGCGCUGCCACAUCAAACUGAGACAACCAUGGUUCGCUCUAUCAAAACAAAGGAGGAAUUCCACAAAACCCUGAAAGACGCUGGGGACAAGCUGGUGGUGGUGGACUUCACUGCCACUUGGUGCGGUCCUUGCAGAAGGAUCGGCCCUGUGUUUGUGCGACUGUCAGAGUUACCGGAGAACAAGAACGUGAUUUUCGUGAAGGUGGACGUAGAUGAGGCCCAGGAAAUCAGCGCUGAAUGUGGAAUCAGGUCCAUGCCCACAUUCCAGUUUUACAAGAAUGGAAAGAAGGUGAAGGAGUUCUCUGGUGCUGAUGAGACAAUGCUGACCGAACAGGUGGAGAAGCUGAGAAACUGAGUUCCACUGACCAAUCCUCAACCUCCUAUUGUAUCUUUAAAAUCUCACCAAUUCCAUAUUGAAGCUAGAAAGAUUUCAUAAAGAUGUUUACGAGCUGUUAAGAUCUGUUCCGGUGUCAUGUCAUGUUGACGUCGUCCUGAUCUCAGCGUCUUUUAAACUCUGUUUUAUAAGAAUUGACAAUUUCGCUACUACUUCUUCUUUUCUUCUAUGCCAUGCCCUCAUCCAGAUGGACAUAAUAAAAGAGGAAUCCAUCCA